GUUUGUUCAGCGCUUGCUCCCCUUGUUUGUUUAGGUGAUUUGGGAAGGGGAUUUUUGGAUGUAGACGGGGGAUUUUCGUUGGAUUUGGUUGAUUUUGGGUUGUGGUUGUGGAUUUGGUUGCAGCUAGGGCGUUUGGUGUUGGAUGUUGAUGGGGGAUUUCCAUUGUAUUUGCGUUGGAUUUUAGGGGAUUUUGUGUAGUGUACAUUUGCUUGCAGUAGAGGCAUUUGGGUUGUGAGUGGUGCAUCGGCUCUGUUCGUAGGCAGGGAGUUGUUCGUCUGCGGCCAUGGUUCCUUGCUCGGACGGCAAGCAUGUUGAGUGCAUGGGCUAAGUGGUGCUUGCCGGCGGGGUGUGCAUCUGGCAAGCAGUGGCAUGUGUGCGCUGGGUUAAUCCGUUUCCAUUCUCGUUCCCGUCCUGUCGUCUCGCUCUCCAACCAGCAGCCGACACUUCCCCGCAAAUCCUUCCACGGCGAGUCACCUCACUUCACCCCGUUAAUCCCCAGCGAAGAAGCGACUGGAGUUCUGGAAGGAAUCGGUGCCGAUGAGGACGAGUGGAGCAAGUAGUGCUGCUGCUCAUCAUCUCAUUAUUUUGUGAGUGAGUGAUUGGUUGCUGAAGGAGAAUCUAGAGAAGCAAAGUAGCUGGUGCUCUUGUUCUUUGUGCCCCCUGACUUCAAGGGUCUAUUACAGCCAACCUUCUAUAGCCCCUUAAAGACUACUUACUAGUUCUACUAGGACUAGAAUAAGAGGUGGCGUUUUGAGUUGAAACCAAGGGGAAUUCGAUAGUGGCGUUUUGAGUUGUUAGUGUUUGGACUUCUUGGGGGAGACAUGGCUAAUCUUGUGGCUGUGAACAUAAAGAGGAAGGAUGCUGAGGUGGCCAGCCAUGGAUUCUCCACGUUCCUUGAUCCUAAGAGGAUCAAACUGCAGGAUGAGGCAGAGAUCCCCGAGAUGAUGGAAGAAGAGGAAGCACUUGCAGAUGCAGACGCCGGUGCAGCACCAAUUGUUCUGCAGUUGCAGACACCAAUGUUGAUGCCGCCCUCACCGUCACCACUGCAGCAAACUCAGGGCCAAGAAGAGGCUUCUGUCCUCCAUGACAGCACCAUGAGCACUGAACAACAAUUUUGUGAUUUGUCUACCCAGAAGACUGUUGAUGUGCCCUCAGCUAAGGACUGGAGGGGUGGAAGGGCUGCUAGUUUCAACAUCAUUCCCAGCAGCACUGGAGCUGCUAAGCCUUUUAGACCACAUCACAACCUCCCAAGUGCUGGAUCUGCUUCUUGUGCACAGUGAGCAACCAGAGCCAUGCCCUGCUGGAGCAAGCACAAGCAGCACUCCAUUUUUGCCAUCCUGACUGUAUUUAUAGCUCCCAUGAUUAUAGAUUCCAUGGAUCUAGGUUCUCCUAAUCUUUCAUCUCAGCUGUUAUCUUGUUCGUUGUUGCUUCUUCAGAGAAAUUGAUUUACCAGAGAAAUUGAUUCAAAAGAUUGGUGUACUAAACUUACCUGAUGAGGUAUGAAUCAGACUUGUAGUGCUUGUUCUUCAAAUUUCCUUUUCAAUCUGAUUUCUGCCCCUGUCCCCUACUGAGCAGAGUAGAGCUUUUCUCAAUGCAGAGCAGAUCUA